AUUGCCUCGCCCUUUCACUAUACAUAACAAGUCCGUUCAGGAAGAACGCUGUCACGAAACGUGUAGUGCAACUUUGUGCCACGACCAUUGUGCAUUUAAUUGAACGGAAAUAUAGUCUUGCAUCUUAGGCAACUUUGGACUAUUUUCUGUUAAGUUUGUUUACUUUUUUUGUCGUGAGAUGUCGACUACCAUAAAGAAUAUUUCGGUUACCUACGAUGGUUAUGAUGUAGGUAAAGCCUUUUGCAGCGGCGAUUUCAUAGCGGGUAGAGUAACUCUGGAAGUUGCGAAAGAUUGCAAAAUAGAGUCUCUUUCCAUUAAAGCGAAGGGCAAGUCUGAGGUCCUUUGGACAGAACAUCAUAAUAAGACAACGGUGACAUACCAUUCCAAGGAGAAGUUCUUUAGCAUUCUGCAAUUUAUCAUUCAAGAACAAAAAGGCAAAGGACAAGACCACCAAACCUUGUUGACAGGACAAAGUGGGUCUGCAGAGUGUAAUAUUGUAGCUCCAGGAAAGCACAUUUACCCAUUCACCUUUCAGAUCCCACUCCAAGCAAUGCCAUCGUCCUUUAAAGGUGACUGGGGUAAAAUCCGCUAUACUUUAGAGGCCAAGUUAAGCAGAUCAAUGAGGAUGAGUAGCAAAGCCAUGGCUGAAUUUCCCUUUUUCUCCAGAGUCGACCUGUAUAGCAGCCCUGAACUGAUGAUACCUCAGCAUGGGGCCAAAGAUAAGAAGAUGAGGUUUUUCACCUCAGGAAAAGUGGGAAUGGACGUUAACAUAGAGCGACAGGGCUUCUACUUAGGAGAAGACAUAAAGGUUGUAGCGUCCAUUGAGAAUAGCUCAUCUCGUGAGAUAAAGCCCAAGUAUACACUGCACCAGAAGCAGAGUUUCUUUGCCAGGGGCAAGAGGAGGUUGUCUACUAAAGACAUCCUGAAAGAUCUGGGCGAGCCCAUUCCUCCAUCUGGACGACAAACCGUCACUAAACUCAUUAAAAUCCCGCCGAACAUUUUCCCAUCCAUCAACUGCAGUAACAUCCACUGCGAGUACAAGCUGAAGAUCUACCUUGAUGUACCAUACGCUACAGACCCAGAAAUCAAAUUGCCCUUGGUCCUCCUCCCGGCUGUUCAAAUGCCUGGACUGCAGCCUCCAUCUUACUCUGACUUUGGUUUUAACUCGUUCGGGAACACAAAUCAACCCGGAUGGAACAAUGCACCAGUGGCCCCGGGAGCGUAUCAACCAGCGGCCCCGGGAGCGUAUCAACCAAUGGCCCCGUAUCAACCAGCGGCCCCGGGAGGGUAUCAACCAACGGCCCCGUAUCAACCAGCGGCCCCGGGAGGGUAUCAACCAGCGGCCCCGGGAGCGUAUCAACCAGCGGCCCCGGGAGCGUAUCAACCAACGGCCCCGGGAACGUAUCAACCAGCGGCGCCGGGAGCGUGUGAACCAACGGCCCCGGGAGCGUAUCAACCAGCGCCCCCGUAUCAGCCAACGGCCCCGGGAGCGUAUCAGCCAACGGCCCCGGGAGCGUAUCAGCCAACGGCCCCGGGAGCGUAUCAGCCAACGGCCCCGGGAGCGUAUCAGCCAACGGCCCCGGGAGCGUAUCAGCCAACGGCCCCGGGAGCGUGUGAACCAACGGCCCCGUAUCAACCAACGGCCCCGGGAGCGUAUCAACCAGCGCCCCCGUAUCAACCAGCGGCCCCGGGAGGGUAUCAACCAACGGCCCCGGGAGCGUAUCAGCCAACGGCCCCGGCACCCCGUUCACCUCCCCCAGGCUAUGGAAUGUAUCCAUCCAUAUCUGAUGAUGCCGGUAAAUCGUAGUGGAAGAAAAUACACUUCCUGGAUAUUCCUCCUGCCUUUACUGUGUUGUUACUGUGAUUUUAAAAAGCUGUCAGAGACAGUAAAAGAACCAAGGCAGCCCACUUCAGGACACUCCCAUUAUUUUUGUGUCCUGACGGGCCCAGUCUGGUUGUCUUAUUGCCCCCACCUGGUGUGCCACAGAGACAUCUCACAGGCUCAUUACUGGUUUGGCUCUACUCAGAGAUGCCGUCAGUUUGCUUGAGCAUUUGAAGGUAAAGGGGUAAUCUGCAGUUCAAUCUACAAGAAUGCUGCCAUUUGGAUAACCUGAUUGAUGGGUAUGGAGAAAUGUAGGGUUGGUCUUGUUCCCUUGCAUUCUCAAGUCAAUGCCUAAAAAUAUUUAUUGUUGAUAGAUGGCCAUAGAAACAAUGACUGGAAAAAAGGUAAUUUCAAAGCCCUUAGAAUAUUUGAAAGACAUGAAAAUGAAUUAAUCUUUAACAUCAGAGAAAGGCACUUUUUAGUGUUCAGUACAGUCCUGUUUUCACCUUUUACUAAUUUCCAUGUCAUUCAGCUUAUUAGGGCUUUAAAUAUGUAUUACUAUAUAACGUGUGCAUUUGCUGUUCUCGAUGUGACAUUAAACACCUGAAAUGCAGUAAAAAAAAUAAAUGUUUAAAUUAGUUUGACAGGUUAAAGACCACAGUAGAACAAUGCAACUGAUGAUCUUCUGCCUGCAUUUAAACUAACACUCAAAUUAGACCGACAUGAUUGACAUACUGUUUGGAAUUUAAGGUUGAUGUGUAUAAGUGCUGGGUUCCAAAGGACAAGGCACACCUCUACAAGGUGUUUUAACUGAUUAUUAUACAGUAUGGAUGUCCGAGAGGGUUACGUAAUUGUUUGCCAUAUCAAAAUCUGAACAACAAUAUUAUAGUCCUCCAAAGUAAUAAAGAUAAAGCUUGAUUAUCCCUCUGCUCUUCCAGUGCCAUCUA